CGUUGUUACUACUAGGUUUUAUAUUUUCAAAAUAAAAAUGUACUCUGUGUCUUGUUUGUGUUGUAUCAUUUUGUGCAUGGUAAAAUUUGUGAUUACAGAAGGAGCUGAGAAAAAUUCCACAUUUGUAACACCUGAGUAUAUUAAGCCAUGCUACAAAAGUGAUCCAGAUAUCAAUACAUGUAUUAUAAAUACGUUUGAUCAUCUCAAACCAUAUUUAGUAAAUGGUAUAGAAGAUAUAGACGUUCCCAGUAUCGAUCCAUUAAAAAUUGAUAGUUUAACGAUGGAAAAUGGAAGAGGAGUUUAUAGAGUUAAAGCAAAUUUUUUUAACAUUUCCGCAAGUGGAGCCAGCAAUUUUUCUGUACAGUCAGUUCGGGCGGAUGUCGCGAACUAUAUUAUACAGCUAGGUGUCACACUACCCAAAAUCGAAAUAAAAGGAAAAUACGACGUUAGCGGAAAUGUCCUAUUGUUUAAUUUGAGAACAAAAGGAGAAUUUUGGGCUAUAUUUCUUGAUGUAUAUGGAAAAGCGACAAUGUUUGGGAAAGAAUAUAAAAAUAAGGAAAACGUUAGGUUUAUGAAAAUAGAUAAAAUGAUGGUUGAUUUCACUAUAAGCAAGAGUCGAUUUAGAGUAAGAGACGCUAUAAACCAUGGGAACGUAAUUGGUCGAGCCAUGAACCAGUUUCUGAAUAAUAACUAUCAAGAAAUCAUAACAGAAAUGAAACCUGCAGCCAGUUCAGCUAUAGCAAAGCAUUUCAAAAGCUUACUAAAUAAAGCUUUUAGUAAGCUACCUCUAAAGACGUGGCUACCUGAUGCGUAAAAGAAGAGAAUAGUCUGAAAUUACAUAUCUAAGUUAAUAAUAAUUAAUAGAAAGUAUUUUUUUACAAAGUUUGCCAACAACAGAGAUAAGUGAUAAGUAUACGUAUCCACUUACUGGAGGAGCUGUGCGUUAAACUUUAGGACUGAGUAAGCGAUAAUUCUAAUUUUGAGAAAGUUUAUUUUUUAUACUUUCCUUAUAAUGGCAUAUCUAAAUGAUAUAUCUACUUAUGUUAUAAAGAAAUGAAAUGCAGAAAAUGAAUAUGUAUAUUAUUUAAAAAAUAUUUUCGAACAUGAAUGUGGUAUACAAAUUUAUUUUAAAUAAACAAAUGACAUAAUGUAUACACGUGGCAGUUAGUACAAAAUUAGGCAUACAUAUUAUGAUGUUAUAAUAGUAAAUAAUAUUAGUAGUAAAAUAUAAAUAAUUUUCGAAAUUCUCAAAAAUGUAGGAACCAAGAAAUUCUUUUAGAUUUCGUAUGGAGCCUUUAUAAAUGUUUACAGUCCACGUGACCCCCGAGCUUAGCAAACCAACGGUGCUUGACUAAUUCUGGUAACGAAAAAUCCCUAAAUAUUGGCGUCACCAAUAUUAAUGAUUCGUUUACAGUGAACAGUAACAAAUCAUUACGCCUACGUUCGAUCGAGAUAAUGCGACCGCCGGCGCCGCGCCGCGCCGAUUGAUUGAAUAGAACCUCGUGAAAAUAUACACCAAUCACAGUCGGAACAAAAUCUUGAUCUUAUUGUUUUAAUGAUUUUUUUAUUUUACCGAAAUUUAAUUGACAUCAUUAAGGAGAUAAAAUUACUGUUCCAAACAAAAGUACUGGUAACGUGGCUUGUAAUCAUUUAUGAAGGCUCUGUAUUUACAAAAUGGUAUUAUGAUGAUCAUAUUAUUUUUUUUGUUUGUUAGGUACAUCUGAUCAUCUAUAGAUAUUAAUGUUCUACAUUAAGAUUAUAAAAAAU